UUCUUUUUCUCUAUGUGCUCUGAGUGCUUCCUAGUGUAGAAACACGCAGACACCCUUCCUGGGACAACUGCUCCGAUAGAUUUUUUUUAAUCUAAAAUGCGGACCCUCGGUUGUUUGUGUAUUUUCGAAAGUCUUCGCGAAUCAAAGGCCGAAGGGGAGGCGAAGCAGCGAAGAUUUAGAAAAUAGGCUGCUAUGGUGGGACCUCCUGAAAGGCAAAAGUUAGGCUUUCUCCUAAAAGCUCCACGGAGGCCAUGGAUUUAACCAGAAGUAUAGUGGUCUGAACGCAGCCAGGUGAGCUUCGUGGGUCGGGGAAACGCCAACUGUCCACCACCUUCUCAUUUAGCCUGACAAGUUCCAGACAGUCACACAUCCCACAACCUCUGUUAGAGGUGAUCCACAGUCUGUAAGGCAACAGUGCAGGAAGAGCCAACAUGACAGAUAGAUUGAGUGUCAGCACAGGCAAAGUCAACCCUCGGCAGGCUGCAGCUCCUGUGCUCCCUCCUGAGCCAAUUGACAUCAUCCGCAUUAAAGCACGUUCCCGGCGCGUCAGGCUUAAUGUUGGAGGUCUUGCACAUGAAGUUCUAUGGAGAACACUGGAUCGGCUGCCCCGAACCCGUCUUGGACGGCUAAGAGACUGCAACACUCAUGAAUCGCUCCUGGACAUCUGUGAUGACUACAGCCUCAAUGAGAAUGAAUACUUCUUCGACCGGCACCCAGUGGCCUUCUCCUCCAUCCUGAACUUUUACAGAACAGGGAAGCUACACAUGAUGGAGGAGAUGUGUGCUCUGUCCUUUGGCCAGGAACUGGACUACUGGGGUAUUGAUGAAAUCUACCUGGAGUCCUGCUGCCAGGCACGGUACCACCAGAAGAAGGAACAGAUGAAUGAGGAGCUGAGGAGGGAGGCAGAAUCACUGAGGGACAAGGAGGGAGAGGAGGAGGAGCAGGGCUGCUGCCCUGACCAGAGACAGAAGCUGUGGGAUCUGCUGGAGAAACCCAGCUCCUCUGUAGCUGCUAAGAUACUGGCCAUGAUCUCCAUCCUGUUUAUCAUCAUUUCCACCAUAUCAUUGUCCCUCAAUACUCUGCCAGAACUGCAGGUAGUAGAUGAAUUUGGUCAGUUUAAUGACAACCCCAGUCUUGCCCAUGUGGAAGCUGUCUGUAUUGCCUGGUUUACCAUGGAGUACUUGCUGCGCCUGCUCUCAGCACCCGUCAAGUGGGAUUUCAUCAAAGCACCGCUAAACAUCAUUGAUUUGCUGGCUAUACUGCCAUAUUAUGUGACCCUCUGCCUAACUGAAUCUAACAAGAGUGUGCUGCAGUUCCAGAAUGUGCGCCGUGUUGUUCAGAUCUUUCGCAUUAUGAGGAUACUGAGGAUCUUGAAGCUGGCCAGACACUCGACAGGACUCCAGUCUUUGGGAUUCACUUUGCGAAGGAGCUAUAAUGAGUUAGGUUUGUUGAUCCUCUUCUUAGCCAUGGGCAUUAUGAUCUUCUCUAGCUUGGUGUUUUUUGCUGAGAAGGAUGAGGAUGCCACCAAAUUUACCAGUAUCCCUGCCUCCUUCUGGUGGGCUACAAUUACUAUGACAACUGUUGGUUAUGGAGACAUUUACCCACAGACCCUGCUGGGCAAAAUUGUAGGAGGACUCUGCUGCAUAGCAGGCGUGUUGGUCAUUGCUCUGCCUAUCCCAAUCAUUGUCAACAACUUCUCUGAGUUCUACCGAGAGCAAAAGAGGCAGGAGAAGGCCAUCAAAAGGAGGGAAGCUCUUGAAAGAGCCAAAAGGAGUGGAAGCAUUAUUUCAAUUAACUUAAAGGAUGCUUUUGCCCGUAGUAUGGAACUCACAGAUGUGUUGGUGGAAAAAAAAGAGGAGAGUAAAUAUCCUGUGGAUAAUCACCAUUCGCCCAGUCGCUGGAGCUACCACAAGCAUUACUCCAAUGCAGACAUGGAUAGCCCAGACCGGUCCAAACAUUACCAGGAAGUAGCUCUACUUGGCUCCCCUGAACAAACGAGGCUCUCAUCUAACAAAUUGACCCCUCGACACCCAAGUGCGAAAAAUACCAACAAGACAGCAGCCAUCCAGGAGCAACAGGGAAAGGUUAAAGAAGAGCAGAUCGUGACAAAUGUAUCGACCCACUCCGAAGUCAGGGAGACUUCACCUCAAGUAAGCAAUGCUAGACAAUGCUCUAAAGUAUCUGAGGAUUUUACUGUGGAAUCAGGAGGAAUAAGCUCUUUGCUCCCCAGUGCGGAUGGUGUUCAAGCUGAGGCAAGACAGCAGCGUGUCCCCCCUCCGUUGGAUCUGAGUCAGAUCAGUACAAUGGAAACUAACCCUGAAAGCCAACCAACCGCCAUCAAAGAGGGUAUGUAUGAAUUUGUGUCUAGCCCCAGAAAAAGUAUGACUGGACAUAUGGAUUUGGUACCAAAAAGUGGGGAAAGUAUUGAGAUGACCCGUGAGAGCAUCUGUAGCUCUUUGCAAGAUGGCACCCCCCCUCAGAAGACAAAAGCUCACAAGGUUGACAUUAUUGGCUCCCAAGAUGAUGUUCUUGUGGCAGUAAUGACACCUGUGGCAGCCCCAGUAUCAAGUGGAUCAGCCAAGUUUGCUCAACUGCUUUGUGAUGCCAUGGUUUCCAGGAUUUCUCCAUGUCCUAGUUCUGCAACACAAGAAACAAAGUCUCCCCUGGCAAUUCUCCAGUCUCCACCUCUGGGCCAGCAAUCUGUCUGUCCUAUCAACUCGCAGAAGGGAGGGGAGGGCUCACUGGCUUGGAGCUUAGAAGGUGAAGGACAGCUCACAUGCUUAAGCCACCAGGGGAGGAAUCACAUGGAAAAAUCUUCUGUUGGCACAGGCAGCACUGCUAGUUCACUGUCAUCUAAAGCUAGCCCACUCAACUUCACCCAGGAACUAGUAAGUAUGGAGGGAUUGGAUGAAAGAAAGAGUGAGGCUGGAGAAGAACAUAGUGGAGAAAAACAAGAAAAUCACAUAGUUCUCGACAGAAGCUUGACACCACCAUGUGAAACAAGCAUGUGAGUUCACAAGCAAAAAAAAAAAAAAAAAAAUAUAUAUAUAUAUAUAUAUAUAUAUAUAUAUAUAUAUAUAUAUAGACAGGGACAGAAAGUGGAGGAAACAGCAGAAACUGCCCAUUAUUACCUCCAACAAACAGUACUUGGCUCAGGAUUUGCACCUGCUGACAAAGACACAGUAGAAACACAUUAAACAAAACUAAGAACAAAAUUAAGAGUUUUAGUUUUUCUUGGGACCAGUGCAAGUCAUAUCCCACCAGAACUUUGGCAAACUCAUUCAGAAACACAUGCCCACUUGUCUACUAUUUGAUUUUGAAUUGAUUUUGUCUAACAUCAGUGUCACUGCACUAUUGUCAGAAGAUCCGGCUGGUAUGGUAUGGAUAAAGCUUUUAGGGCUCAUGAGCAAAGGGACAUAAACAAGGUGAUGUACCGUGUGAGAACAAGAAUGUUUGAAGAUUGUACAGCUUAGCAGGAAAGUUAUGUACAGUUUCCUAUUGCUUGCUACCUGGCCCUAUUUGUUAUAGUAGGCUAAUCACAAUAAGAGAAGAUGGGAGGUGGAAGUAAAUUAUAUUUUUUUAAGUAACUUUUAAAAAAUAUACAAAACUUGAAGAAACAAUGAUCAGACAUUCAUUUGUGUAAUGGAUUUUUCAUAUUAAUAAUUUAAGUCCAGGUAUUACAUUCUUGUAAUGGGACAAACACACAAGCACAUGAUACAGGACAAAAGGUCAAAAUUAUCUUGUCACUAAACAAAUAAUAUUUUAUUGUCCAAGAGAACAUUUUACAUAUUUAGUUUGUUUUGCUUUUCAUUCACUCAGUUUUUUCUAUGAUAUACCAAAGGAAAUCAGGGUCUUCAAAGUGAAAAGGGAAUUGAAUGGACACAUAUAUGGUCUUCUAGACCAUUAUUUUCACACAGUUAUUGAAUAAAUGAUCUAAAAAUUCAAUACAAUGCAUACACAUAAAGAGACAGGUGAACCGAGCAUGGACACAUGAGCUUAUUGCUACUGUGGAAAAGUUCUCGCUCAUCACUCACUGCGCCUGUGUCUUAAAUUGUCCUGGGGUGUUUGCGUUGCUAUACCCUACUGAAUAUUUUGUGAAUGAGCCAAUGAGGUUUUGAUUCCAGGGGAACCUCCUUAUCAAGAAAAUGCCGACAUGUUUAAGAGUGUGUGCAGACUGCCCUCAUAAAUCCAGGAGUAUCAGGGGUGUAUAUAGUAUUAUAUUGAUAAAAAUGUAUGGGUUUUUGAUUGAUGUUGAAGAACCAAUGAUCUUUCUUGGUCUCCGUGAGACCACUGUCUUAUUGUAAGGAUCAUUCCAGUUAUAAGGUUUGCCUUAUAAUUGUUUUGACCGUCAUUUCUUUCAGUAAUAAUAUCCCUGCACUCACCAAGUUAAUAACAGAAUUCUAGGAACAUGGUGAUGCCGAUUAAAAGACAGCUUUGAAACUAAACAACAAGUUCGUUAAAAAUAUUUGGAGGACAAAAUGAAAGCAUGCGGUAAAAUAUUACCCAAACAUUCAUCACAGUGUAUACCAUUUGAAACCAUUAUCUGGUUUCGGUGAAGGGGCUGCAUCCAGUUAUUUAGCUAAAUAAAAAUGGUCAGCUUUCAUUUGAACUGCAUACAAUACCAUGAAUGCUUUUAAAAACACACUUAAAAAAAAGUGUCAUAAUCCCUAUUUUAUUUAUUCUACUGAACUCUGCAGUUGUGCACACAUUUUUUUCCCCCUGCAAAGUAAGUAAUUCAGAUUUUAAAUGAUCUGGGAAAAAUUGUCAACUUUUCCAAGAUGUCUGAUCGUCUGUCUGGUUGUGUUUGACUUGCUGGACUUUAUUGUAGCAGUGUCAUAUGGGAGCAUGGCAAUUAGGACGAGUUCAUAAUCAGUAUGAAACUUAAUAAUAUUAACUAAGACAAAGUACUAAUAAACAAGAUAUUCUUUGAGGGAGGACAUGCUCUGUCUUUCACUUAUCCAAAGUCUUUAGCGUUGAAAGAGAAUUACAGUAUGUCUAUAUGACUUGUUUUUCAGGGGUGCUGACUAAAAUGUAAAAGUCGAGUAAGAGUGCCCCCUGUAGACUUUCUCAAGGGUAAUGAAAUGAAGGGAUCUGAUGCCUCUUAACAGAGUUCACACAGAGUGUGCACUGCAGGAAAUCUGACACAAGCGUAUAUGUGAAUUAUAACUGUGUCAACCGAUGUAAACUCGCUCUUUCUAGAUCAAGAUGUCAUAUUUUUAGUUCAAACUAGUUUACUGCAUUUUUAUGAGAGGAAUUUGAAGCUACUUGUUGUUCUUAACAUCUCUGUAUAUUCUAAAAUGGGUGCCUUUUCAUAAAUACACAAUUUAUGGGAAGGUUUUAAAAAAAAAAACUAAAAAAAAAAACCUUAAAAAAAAAUAUAUGGCCAGAUUAUUUAUUUUUCUUUCUAACCUGCUCAUCAUCACAUGUUCAGGUUUUGUGUUCCUUUGUUUGCAGCUUUGUAUUAUCUCAUCAACUUCAGUGUCAGCCAUCUAGGUUUCACACAAUAUGGAUUAUGGCUCUAACAUCACUGUGCCACACUGAUUAUUUCAGCAACUGAAUAUUUUGGAGAAAAAAAGGCUUCAGUCAAGUUCAGGAGUGGUCAGCUUGAGUCACAUAGGUGCUGCAGCAUUAUAUUGUAUAACUCAAGUGCAGUACGCUUGUAGGUAGGCAGCCCACCUACUUGUCGUAAAGAAUGUCAAUCUGAAUAAAUCUCAAAUUAUUUGUCGUACCUUUGAAAAUGCCAUAUGACACAAAAGUAUAAUUUUUAAUGGGUCUGUGGAAGUGAAGCACUGUCUCUUGGAGUCAAGAUUAGAAACAUUUUUAAAUUAAAAUGAGCAAAAGUAUGCCUAAGAUUUGCUUCCCAAAUAAAGUCAGCCUAUCAAUAACCAAAAUAAUCUUAUUUAAGAUAACCGAUAACUGAAUUGUCACUUUAUCCGAAGCAAAGUAUGAAACCUACAAAACUUUAUAUACUGUAUAUGCCCACAUGAUCUUAAUCAUGCAACAACGUGCCUGUUCAUUAAUUGAUACUGGCUGACUAAAUGUAACAAAAGAAAAUCAGAAAAUGAUGUACAUAAAACUUGUUAAAGCUAUAGAAUGUGGGUUUAGGACAAUGAAAAUAGAGGUGUUUGAUCACAUGUUUGAUCUCUUUUUUAGACUGUGACUGCACAUUGCACGCACAAUGCAGCAAAGGUAAAUACUGUUAAUCUCUUGUUCAACUUUGUCCACAUACAGAAGGAAUGUCACUCCAGAACAGUACAACUCUGUGUAAUCUAUUUAAACAGAUGCAGCUUGUUGUAAAGGAAGUAUUGUUUUGACACUGUUGCAGGCCAGGAAUCAUAGAAAUGCUGCUUUGGCUCUGCUCCUGUAAGCACAGUCACGAUUGUCUGAAAAUACCACACCGUCAUUUGUAUUUGUUUAGGCUUUGUAUCCAUAGAAAAAAAUCCUAUCACACAAAGUUAACACAAAUAAGCAUGCUUGUCUGUCCUGUCUGCUUGACUUAUUUCAUAGCUUUUUAAUGUUGCAUUCCUUCAUCCUCAUUUACUGAGUUUGUUUAACAGUAGCGUGCUUGAUGAUUAGUCAAAUUCAUUAUAUGUAAGGCAUCUUAGUUAUAGUCAGUAAGUACGUUUGAUUCAAUUAACAAAAUGCAAAACAAAUAAAUGUGUUAAUGUGA